AUGACAAAGCUAUCCGCUGUCCUCCUCUCCGCACUGGCAGGCUGUGCUGUUGCCGUCCCAGCAGCACCAGCCGUCACUCAAGCCCCCAAGCUCGAGGCCCUCGAGAAGCGAGCUGCUUGCACGUUCAGUGGCGCAGCCGGUGCUACUCAGGCAAUUGCCAGCAAGAAGCAGUGCGCGACCAUUGUCCUGAACAAUGUUGUCGUUCCUUCUAGCACCCCUCUUGACCUUUCUGGUUUGAACGACAACACCCACUACCUCCAGGUCAUCUUCCAGGGCACUACCACCUGGGGCUACUCCGAGUGGGCCGGUCCUCUUCUCCAGAUCGGUGGGAAGGGCAUUACAGUCGACGGAGCUGGUGCUACUCUCGAUGCUCAUGGAGAAAGAUGGUGGGAUGGUCUGGGUGCCGAUCCCAAGGGAAAGAAGAAGCCCAAGUUCUUCUAUGCCCAUGAUUUGAUCUCGUCCAACAUCAACAACCUGAACAUUAAAAACACACCACUUAUGGCCGUUAGCAUUGUUGACGCGAAUGACCUCAAAAUUAACUCUAUGACUAUCGACAACAGUGCCGGUGAUAAGCUUGGCCACAACACUGAUGGAUUCGAUAUCGGUAAUAGUGUUGGUGUCACCAUCACUAAUGCCAAGGUCUACAACCAGGAUGACUGCGUUGCCGUUAACUCGGGAACUGAUAUUACCUUUACCGGUGGUCUUUGCUCAGGUGGCCAUGGUUUAUCCAUUGGCAGUGUUGGUGGCCGCGACAACAACAAGGUUAUCAGGGCCAAGUUCCUCAACAGCAAGGUUGAGAAGUCCGUUCAAGGUAUCCGAAUUAAGACCUUUGUGGGCAAGACGGGUGAGGUCACUGACUGCACCUAUGACGGUAUUACGCUGUCGCAGAUCUCAAAGUAUGGUGUCCUCAUUGAACAGAACUACGAUGGCGGUGAUCUUAAAGGAACACCUUCAAGCGGCGUCCCCAUUACUGGCCUGACCAUGAAUAACAUCAUCGGCGGCGGCUCUGUUGCCUCCAAUGGCUACAACAUUGUUAUUACCUGUGGCUCUACUGGCUGUUCUAAGUGGACUUGGAACAAGGUUGUUGUUAGUGGUGGCUUGAAGUACCCUAGCUGCUCAGCUGCUCCCAGCCCAGCCUCUUGUUGA